AUGGAGGUUGAUGACGACGACAGUAUGGUUAGCGACAACUUCGGCAGUAUUACCACUCAUAACGAUGACAAUACUGUGGCCAACAUCGCUGCCGAUGGCGAUGUUAUCAUGGUCGUUGGUCCAGAAAAGAAAGAAUUUCGACUCCAUUCCUUCUUUUUGAAGACCACUUCUAAGGUCUUCAAAGCCAUGCUGGGUCCCAAUUUCGCCGAGGGUCAGCAACUCAACGCCAACGAGGCUAAAGGCAAUCGUGCGCCGGUCAAGAUUGACCUCCCAGAGGACGACGUCAACAGCAUGGGUUUCAUCUUCAGAGCCAUUCAUCAUCAUUUUGACGCCUUCCAUAACGCCAAGGGCAUUCCUUUCUUCGAGAUUCUGGUCGUGGCCGACAAGUAUGACCUGAUUCAUGCUAUUAAGCACGCAUUUCAUCAUGCGUUAGCUGCCGCUUUUGGAAAAGAAGACAUCCUGAAGAAGAUGCUGGGCGUGAAGCUCUGGAAAUUCACCAUGGCUGCAGCUUUCGUCAAGGACGCUACUGCCUUCAACACUGCUACGCGCAUUUUUGUUCUGCACUGGGAACAUGGAUUCCUCGAUUUUGCCAAGCAGUGGUACUUCAACGAGGUGUUUGCAUUCCACGUAUGCGGUAAGUGA